CAUGGGAAGGGAGUUUGUGUAUUCUGUGUGUCUUGGAACCAGAAAGAUGCUCGAAAGAUUGCUUCAGCAGGAGCUGACAAUAAUUGUAUGGUCCAUCAUGCCGAUGGCUCUCUGAUACAGAGUUUCAAACACCCAGGAACUGUCUAUGGAUGUGAUUGGAACCCUUCGAAUGAAAAUAUCCUAGCCACUGCAUGUGAGGACAAACAGGUUCGGGUGUUCUACGUGGGAUCUAGCAAUUCUCAGCCCCUGAAGAUUUUAUCAGGGCACACACUCAAAGUGUUUCGAGUGAAGUGGUCCUUACUGAAAGAUGGGAUUCUUUGCAGUAGCUCUGAUGAUAAGUUAGUGUCUUGUGGUGAAACUAAUUACCGUCUGUCCUGUCAUCCAAGUCGUCCAUUUUUGCUUGCUUCGACCUCUCGAGACUCGACAGUGAGGCUGUGGUCACUUUUACCAUUAGCAUCUAUUCAGUUUUGGAAAGCUUUAUCUGGAAAACCAGUGUCUGAUUUUAUUGGUCUCCCAGCCGAGUCCACAAAAGAUCCCCUGAGUCCUGGACCUCUGUGUGGAAUAGCAUCUAAACAAUUGAAAGAUAACUUCCUCAAACAGAAACCAAAAGACAUGAUCUCAGCCUUACAGCUGUACACAGAACUAUUUGUGCCUCUUAAUGGAGUGACAAACAUGUGGGACCUUGUUAAAGUUGUGAAUAACUGGGAUGUGGCACAGCUUUCACCUCAAUAUAAGCAUGGCAUUGUUCACAAGAAACAUCUUACCAAGUUCAAGAUUUCUGAGGCCCAGGAACUGGAGUUGAUUAAAAUGACACGGUACGGAACAGGGGGUGUUGGAGCUAAGAGUAAAGAAGACUGUUUAUUGGAAGCAGCUAAUAAACAUCUGCUAGCAGGGAAUCUGCAACAUUAUUGUGAGCUCAAAAUAGAACUUGGAGAGGCACGCAAGGAUCUUAUUUCAGUCUGACGAUGACAAAGCUGUGCCUUAUCUAACAGCAAUAGGAAACACCCAACAACUGACGGAAUUUUUCCAAAAUCGAGGAAACUUGGAGGAAGCAUACAGUGUGGCAAUUACCGCUGAAGAAGGAACUUUUCCGUGUUUUAAUACCAAAAAACAAGACAACAGUGGUGCAGCAAAAAACAGACAUGAUGGAAA